GCCUGCACAAACUCUUAAACCCUCUGGUCUCCGAGAUUUUUCUUUUUGUCUCCUCACUUGAGCAAUUUUUUUUUUGGAUGACGCCGGGUUCUGUUUUUGUGUGUUUUAGAUGAAUUAUUGUAUCAGUUUCCAAUCUUUUGACAGUCAUUGUUGACUCAGGUGCAGGUGUAUUCCACGAGCUGCGUUUGUCGUAUAACUGUAGUCGGUAAAUUUGUUUUUGGAACAUCGCACAGGAAUAUAAUAUGCUCCUACUGGCAUUAUAAUCCGAACACAUUCGAUCGACAUGGAAGAUUUACUGAUUCAAAUAUCAAAGGACGCAGCAAAUGCAAAAUUGAACAGCUUGAGUCAGUCCGCAACUGAAGCAUAUGUGUUUUUGGAGAAGCAACAGGGAACAUUGCGCGAUCCUGCUCAUGAACUUAGAGCAAAGUGUUUAAAUGUUUUUAAACUGGCGUUUGAAACCAGAAAAAGCAAAUUAGUGGCACAAGCUUUAUGUGGAUUAAAUAAAAUAUUAAGAGAUGAUCGUUUUCAAUCAAAUUUUGAGCCAGAAGAUGAUUCAUUAUGGCUGCCAUCACAGAUUUUGCAUACAAUUAGUUCUAUUUUAACACAGUCUGAUGACACACAAAUAGAUAUGUUAAAGGUGUUUUUGAAUGUUGCGUGUUCUUCAUACUGGACAAUGAAUGGGCGUAUUAUAAUUCAAAUACUUACAGUAUCCUGUGAAGUAUAUGAAAAUGGAAACCAAGGAAUUCGAUCUGCUGCUCAAGCUGCUGUCAGUCAGACACUACGAUAUUUUUGCAACUUUCUCGGUAAAAUAGAUGAAGAAUGCGAAGAAAUGAAUAAAAUAAAAGACAAUGGGGCUGGUGGAGUAUUGUGUUUUAACGAAGCAUUACCAAUUUUACAAUUUAUUGUUAGUAAAAUAGACGAGACUCAAAAUGGAGAUCGUUGUAGUCAAGCUGUUGUAUUUUAUCUUGAAUGUCUUCACACUCUUGUUGCAAGUUUACCUCAAAAGGUACAUGACAAUCGUCACUUUACUAUGUUCCUAUGGCAACGGCUAUGCCCAGCUAUUAUAGCCUUUUUAGGAUCACCUCGAGUAGAUAAAAAAAUUGUAUCAAGAGACGAUGACAAUGUUACCAAAUUUGGUAGAGGAUCUGGUGUCUUGGGAAGCGCUCCUAGCUUCAAUAGCAGUCAAUCUAAAAUAAUAUAUAGUAUUGGAAGUCAACUAGUGAGACUGGUUGGAUGUGUGAGUUCUCUUAGACCUGUUUUGGAGUCUGUCUUUCAUAGAAUGCUUUUGUAUCCACCGCCUCUCUAUAGAAUAGAUGCUUUAAAAGCUUUAAAAGAGUUAUUAAGUAGUCCAAAUAGAAUAGUGGAUUUUGCUGGACCAAUACUUGUAGAAGAUGAUAAAAUGUGUCAACAGAGUGAUAUGGCAUUAACUCGUUUAGUUAUGGAUUCUAUUGAAGAAUGUUCUAAAUGUACAGAUUGGGAAAUUGUUUUUACAAGUGUUUCAUGUAUACUUUCUCUACUUUCAACCCUUCUUGAAUUGUCUACUGGAAAAGGAAUUAAUGAUGUUUAUACUGAAAAAAUAAAUGAAAAAUUCCAGUCUUUAGCUAGUUGUGACUACACGGGACCUUUAGCUUAUGAAUCAAUGAAGAGAUUACCUAAUAUCUAUAGAGAACAAUUAUCCUUUUCUUCUGAAUCAUCUAUUGGAAACCGAAGUCGUAUUAACAGUACAAGCAGUAGUAGUGGAGUUCCAAGUAGUGGUAAUACAGAAGGUCCUGAAGGAGGAUAUCAAAAUGAUCCACAGAUUGAUGAAAUGGAAGCAGUAGUUGAGAAAAACCUAAAAGAAGAAGCAUAUCGUUUAGAACUAGUAACAAAAAAGUUAAAUACUUGUAAUGUUUUUCAAGUUACUCCAGAGUCUGUAGAAAUGUUGGAUUUGGAAAGAAAAAAUGCUGGUAGUUUUGUUCAGACUCUGGUUAGUUUUUUACCUACAUUGUUACCACUACGAAGUACAUUGCAAGUAGAUGAAGAGAUCCAAAGGUUUUCUUCCAGUUUUUGUGAAGAAAUCAUACGACAAGAUUAUAAAAAAAAUGGUUCAAUAAUAAUAAAUGCUGAUGGUGUUUAUGUAGCAACAAUUAUGUCACUAUAUGUUAAUUUAAAGUUGAUAAAUCAAAAUUAUUAUGAUGAUCCUUCUAUAUUGCCAAUCAUGUCUGAAGAUCAAUUUGUUGAAGAAAUUUUCAGCAGUGGCAUGCUGAUGUAUGUGUCUAGAAGUUGGUUAGCUGAGCUCUAUCAACAUGUACUCGUUACUAAUAUUUUGGUAUUGUCCGGUUACAAGAGUCAAGCAGCUGGUCAUUUGGCGCUAAUAGAUAUAUUAACAGAUAUUGAUGGCUACAGUUCUGAGAAUAAAGUGAAUUGGUUACUAUCAGAUUGUCUUCGCUUAGAAAGAACAGUUUGUAAAUCAGAAACAAGUCCUGAUGCUGAUGCGGGUAUAAAAUUAAGUAGACGGAUUGUUACUUGUUGUUGGGAUACUAUGAUGAAUGUUCUGGCCGUUCCUCUUGAAUUCAAUUCGUCCAAUGAUUCAAAAAAUACUCAGGUUAAAAAAAUGUUACGAAAUGAACUAAACAAAGAUUCUAUUCGUCAGAUGUCGGUACAACAUAGUCUAGAUGCGUUACAAAGAGCUGCUACUCUUGCAAAUAUUUUAGGUAUGCAUAAUCGUUGUGAAGGUAUAUUUGCUCUGCUUGUAAAAGCUUCUUGUGCUCAGAAUGGAAACGUAAAUUGGUUUUCUGGCAUUAUUAAAAAGCAACCAAAGUUAAUUACAUCACAUGUUUUGAGUAUGGAUGUGAUGCUCUCACGUGGCUUAGAAUUUGGAUGUCACGGACAAGAAUGUUGGCCACAUAUUUUCAACUGUGCAUUAUAUGUUGGAUACCUUGAACAAGUAUUUUUUCGACAAACGUGUUCAUCAGUUGCUGCUUUAAAGAUGGUUAAACCUAAGUUAUUAAAUAGUAAUACUGAAACAUUAAACAAAAGUUUUGGUACAUCUGUAGAUAGUGAUGAAGAAGUUUGCAUGGAUGUCUACAGUUUUUUGUCUUCGCCGACUUCUCCCAAUAAUUUGACAGAAACCAUAUCAACUUUAGUAAACAAAAGUAGAGCAGAUAUUGAAAACAAUGGUGUAUUAAACCAAGAGUAUGCUGCACAAAUAGUCUGUAUUCUGUCUCAAUAUGUUGAUCGAUUGUUCGAAGACGCUGCAUUAAAAUUGAAUCUGAGAGCACUUACUGAAUUUGUACGUAGCUUAUGUGAAACUAUUCGACAUGAGUUGUUUAAACCACCAGAUCAGAAGAAAUCUAACAAUAGUGCUAACAAUGCCACUCUUUUAACGCGGUUAUCUCGACUAAUGUUACGAUGCAUCAAAAGUGGGCGCCCAUUGUUUCACAUGAUAAAAAUAUGGUCAAUUGUUUUGCCGUGUCUGAUGGAAGUAUCUUGUCAUAAAGAUUUGGCAUUAUCUAAACAAGCUAUAGCUUCAAUUCAUGAUACAGUUUUAGCUUUUCUUAAUGAUCAACCAGAACUUUCUCAUUUUCAUAUCAAUGAAUCAUUGUUCAAACCAUUUGAAAAUCUUUUAUGUUUAGAACUAUGUGAUAUAGAAAUUCAAGACCAAAUUGUCAGUUGCUUAUGUGAAUUUGUUGAAGCUAACCGUUCAGAUAUCAGAUCAGGUUGGAGACCUUUAUUUGGUGCUCUAAAAGUUGUCAAUAGCAGUCAUUUAUCAUCUCUAUUAGAGGUAUUCAGAGUCUUUCUGAAUACUGAUGACACAUUAGCUUUCUCAAAUGCAGCUGUUGAUUGUAUAGCUUGUCUCAUUAAGCAUGUACGGGGAACUAAUUUUGAUGACUCAGACACUAAUAUUAGACUAGAACUGUGCAAAGCUGCUCUUAAACAUUUACAACAUUGCAGUUUAAUAUUAAGGUCAAUGUAUGUUAUGCCAGCUUGUCCAAAAUUUCAUUUACCUAAACGAAACCACGUCUUUACUUUGAUUGAUAACGAUGUGCCCGAAUUACAAAAUAUUCAAAAUGAAAAUUAUAAUCAAUUAUCUAUUGAAGAUUCAAAAAAUGAAGUUGUACUUUUAGAAGAAAUUGAUCAACCCUGUGGUAUAUUGAGAGUAUGGUACUGCAUUGUAGAAGGACUUUGUACUGCAAUUACUGGUACAACAGCUAUUUACCAGAGGCAAAGUCUUGAAUUGCUCUUAGACAUAUUACAGGAAUUUCCUGAAACACCAGGAUAUAUAUUUGGUUGUUUUUGUAUAAAUCGGCUACUUCUUCCUACCAUACAAACAUGGGCAAAAAAGAUUGUAUCAACACGUGAUCUUAGUGAUUUACAAAAUUUUAAACAAUUAUGUGGAAAUUCAACUGAUCUUAUUGUCAAUUACCUUAAAAUGAAUAAGAAUUAUGAAUUGAAAUUUGAAAAAGAAAUAACACUUAUGAUGAAACAACUAUUAUUUGUAUUAAACGAAUUCUGUGUUCAACCUUUAGAGAACAUUGUACGCUUAGGAUGUGCAUGUUUAAGACAUUUUGUUUUGGGUGCCGGUGAUAUAUUCACUACAAAUCAAUGGGAUUUAGUCAGCUUUAGCUUACACAGAGCUUGUGCUAUUUCUCUGUAUCCAUUGACCAGAGUAUCAAUGACGUACAGUCCAUUUUCAGAUAGUUUCUAUGGUGAUUUAGCAGCUGGUAUUAAAGUUGCUGCAAGAAGAGAUAGUACGGUAGAUGACAAUUUGCAUUUAAAACAACUGUCGCAACAGGUAUUUUUAUUAGAUCAUCAAAGAGUAAAAAGUGAUACUAUUGUUGAUGACGAGAGAAGUUUCAUAUUUUUAUUAUGUCAUCACUGGUGUAAUUUAGAAAUUGACAAACAAUGGCAGAAAUCACCAGAACGUAUUCCUUACAAGAAUAUAGUCCUUGGGUUGUUUGUUAAUGAAAUGUUAUUACAAAUGAUUGGAAAUGUGUUAGUAAAGGGUACCAACAAAGCUAUUCCAAGUUUAGCCAAUAUUCUUCUCCAGUCUUCUUUGAUGACACCAAUGGAUGAACAGUCGUUUAAACCACACAAACAUAUGCCUGGAUAUUUGUCCUCACUCACCGAAUCUCAGAUUCAUACAUUUAUCUCAUGUUUAAAUAUGACAUACGGCAUAUCAUGGGAAUUUGAUUCAAGGCCCGGUUUAAAAUUUCUUAUUCAAAAAGUUGCUGGUUUAGAAAAAGCAGCUAAUUUAUAUAAACAGGCUGGAGGAGCUUGGACGCUUUCAUUAAUUGCACUUUUUGAAAUAUGUAUCAAUCGCACAUUAGAGUUGAGUUCUGAUCAGAUUAAACAUAUUGUUGAAAAAAAAUCCCCUUCUAAUGAUACUGAAAGUUUUAUACUUGAACUUAAACGUAUAUUUGAUGAUGCCUGCCAAAAAUAUGUUGAAAUAGUUAUGGAUAAAAGUGGUACACAUUGCGCUAUUGAUAGGGCAGGAGAUAAACCAGUGUUCUUUUUUGUUGCACAAAAUGAUGAUAUUUUUGAAACAACUGAAAAACCUACAGCUUUUAAGUUUGAAGAUUUUAAAAAGAUAUAUCCAAAUGCACCAUUAACAUCAAAAAGUGAAGAUAGUGGAAGUGAUGAUGAUGAUGAUGAUGAUGCUGUAUAUGCAAUAGCAAGUUGCAAAAAUUUGGAUAAUUUAAUUGAAGAAUAUAAAAAAAGGAAACAUGCUAAUUCUAUGCCUGGGCAACCUGAUUCUAUUGAAAAAAAUGAAGACAAUUUACCAGCAGAAAUUGAAGAACAGAGGCAGACCAGUAUGAAUAAGGACAGUGAAGUACACGAGUCAGUUUGGUCCGAAAUGUUAAUCUCAGUUUUUGAUUUAUUGGCACAACUAGAUGAUGACUCAUUUAAGUUAUUGUUACCGGUCUUAUUCAAUGGAGUGAGAGUUUUGACAGAAUCUGCUACUAGACCUUUAUUGAAACGCAUUCUCGGAGAAUUUUACCAAAGGGUAGCUUUUAUUUAUGGAUUUGGUUCAUAGAUUAUCAUUGAUUUGUCAAGCUGUUGAUGUGCUUUGGUAAGUCUAAGAACUGCUGAUUUUUAUUGGGAGUCUUGUAGAAUCAGAGACUGAACAUUUAUUUUCAUUUAUUGAGUGGUAUAUAAUUUAAUUUUUAAGCAAAAAAAAAAAAAAAAAUAUUUAUAAAACAAAUUUAUUAUAUUAAAAA